UUGGUUGGCCACCUAAAGCGCACAUUACGUAACAGGAAGCUGGUGAAGAGCCCUUAAAAGACAGGCAGGAUGAAAUUAGACAGCAAAUCUCAGUGCACUCAUGGAGUACACACUGGCUAUCAUACUGCUCUUCUUCUUAGCUGGACCAUGUUUGUCCCUGUCUGGUCAGAUUUCCACUCAGUCGGAGCCUUUUGGAGCAAGGAGGCAAAGGAGAAGCUAUUUGGAUGACAUGGACGAAAACACUCCGAUUGCGAUGGACAGGAUCAUAGAUGUAAAUGACUAUCAAGAUGUUAUUUCCGUGGAUGGCACCAACCUCCGAGAAGGAGAUAUAGCCGUGUCCAGUAGAAGUCAGAAGAACUGUUUCGCCAGGAGUUGCCUGUGGACCAAAUCUGUGGAUGGAAAAGUGUACAUUGCAUACUCAGUGUCUCAUGCGUACAGCGAGGAAGACGUGGAGAACAUUAGGAAAGGCAUGAAGUUUAUUGAACGUGAUACUUGUGUGCGUUUCGUGCCGAGGACUCACCAGAGGGACUACCUGGAUAUUCAGCCCAAAACAGGGUGCUGGUCAUAUCUGGGAGCACGUGGUGGUAGACAAACCAUUUCUCUUCAGACACCCGAAUGCACGGGGUCAGGGGUCACCGUCCACGAGCUAAUGCACGCCCUGGGCUUUGUUCAUGAGCAAUCCCGAGCUGACCGGGACAAGUAUGUCACCAUCAUGUGGUCCCACAUAUGGAAAGACAGGCUGAGGAAUUUUGAGAAGUUUAAAACAGACAACCUGGACACCCCCUACGACUACGGCUCUAUCAUGCACUUUGGAAAGUAUGCCUUCUCUGAGGAUGGAGAAGCCACUGUUAUACCUAAAAGAAACUGGAACGUGAAGAUUGGACAGAGAUUUGGACCCAGCGACUUUGAUGUAAUGAAGAUUAAUAGAAUGUAUAAAUGUAAUGCAUAAUUAAAAAUAAUUACAGUAACGAAUGAUCCAUAGCGCGGCUAAAAGUCUGACAUUAUUAAUGCAUUAGUGCUUUUACUGCUUUUAACAUUUUAAUCAUAAUUUGUUUAAGGAAAAUUGUGAAGACUGCUGAUAUAAAAAUGGCUAAUUAAGUAUAAGAAUGUGUAACCUGCUGUUUCAGAUAUUUCUAUAACCUUUCGUAUGCUGUUUUUUUGACAUCUUGAUGCCUUUUCUCAAUAAACAUUGUCCCUGAAUAUA